AUGACAGCAUCACUCUUUCAUAAGUCACUAAACUCCACACUUACAGGGAUCAAGACCUCGGAAGUGAUUCAAUUUCGAGGCAUUCCAUAUGGCCGUAUUCCUCGACGCUUUGCUGCGCCCGAAAAGCUGGAGAGAUAUCCUAGAUGGCUUGACUGUACUAGUUUUGGACCUCGAUGUCCGCAAGUCGCUGUUGAUGUCGGGCAUUUGCUGCGCAUACCUCCGGAUCAUGUAUUCCCACAUGAGCCUGAGGAUGAGUUCAAAUGCACAAAUCUGGAUGUCGUCCUGCCGGAUAUUGGACCUUCGAUUGAAUCAUCAAAGUUACCAGUUUUGGUCUGGAUACAUGGAGGCUCACAAGCUGUAACAUUUGGGAGCGCCGCAUCCGGUGUCUGCGAUAUGAGUACAAUUGUGGCUGAUUCUCUGCGUUUGGGGAAGCCAAUAAUCGCCGUAUCCAUUCAGUAUCGACUUAAUGUCUUCGCUCUUGGUAACGGCAAUGGGCCUCCGAACUUAGCUCUCCGUGAUCAAGAGCUGGCUUUACAAUGGGUUCAGGAUCAUAUCUCAGGAUUUGGUGGUGAUCCAGAUAUGGUUACUCUAGCGGGUGAGAGCGCUGGGGCUAUUUAUUGUCACGCCCACUUGGUUACAAAUGCCCGAGUGCGACAAGUUAUUCUUUCAUCUGGCUCAUUGUUCUUAUCGUCACCUCAGCCCCGGCAAUCGGUCUUGGCUCUUCGCGAGAAUAUUUCCAGGAACCUGAGGGACAUGGAUCAAACGCUCGAUCUGGAAACUGCAUCUGCAAGUCAGGUUGUUGAGGCGGUCAGAAGAUCUGGUCUACAGUCAUUUUUCCUCGAAUGGGAAGAUUUCUUCAAUGCUUGGCAGACAAAGACUGGCAGUGCGGAGAGAUUACUCCUCAGUGAUGUGACUAAGGAGGGAGCCAUUUACCAAGCGGGAGUAUGGUUGACAGACCCAGACGAUAUAGCAAAAGCCUUUGAUGCUUCCGGGCAACACGGCGACGAGCUCAAGAAGUUAUACCAUAUUUAUCCAGACCGACCUUCAUCCUGCAAGACUGGGGCGUUGGACUUCAUCAACGACUACAAGUACCUACUCCCUGUCCAGCACCUAGAAAAAUCCUGCAAGGAUGCAAAGAAGUCUGUUUUCAGGUGUUUGAUAGACGAAGCAAACCCAUGGCAGCCCUCAAGUGGGGCUCAUCACGCCGUAGACCUCGUUCUCUUAUUUGGAGGAUUUGAUCUGAGUUUUGCGCCCAGUGCUGAGCGCGUUGGUCAGGCGAUGCGAAAGGCGUGGAUUAAGUUUAUCUAUGGGGAGGAGCCGUGGUCUGAAGCGAUGGAAAACUAUUAUGGUUUUGGACCCCAUGGGAGUUUGAAGAGUCUGGAAGAUUGGGAGGUUCAGUCACGGAGACGCGUUGGACUGGCGGAGAAGUUGAGUGAAAUGGAGAGUUCGUCGUUGGAUAAGACAUCUUUUGGGCUGGCGGCAGGGAAAGUGAGUUUGUUGAACUGA